CGAUCAUCUCAGUAUUCUCGAAACCAUGAGUCGAUCACCAAAAACCCAUCCAAGUUUCAACUAUAAGCUUCUUCUCCUCGGAGUUUUCCUGGCUUUCGUUGUUCUCUUUGUCUUGAGAUCAAGCUUCUCGUCAUCAUCUGAUUCCAGUGAAAACACAUCUACCAUCUCACCAGAGGUACCUUUAUUUAGUCGUUCGGCUAAAGAUUCAAGUAGUAGCUCUACAAACUGCUCACCAAGUAGUACUACUGGUUGUAGCAAGAUCCCAUCCUCUCUAGCUCAAACCAUAAUCCACUACACAACCUCAACCAUCACCCCACAACAAACCCUCAAGGAAAUCUCAGUGACAGCAAAGAUACUAGACAAGAAAUCACCAUGCAACUUCCUUGUGUUUGGCCUCGGCCACGACAGCCUUAUGUGGAGUGCACUCAACCAUGGGGGCAGGACAAUUUUCCUGGAAGAAGACGAGUCCUGGAUCGAGCAAAUCCGACGUCGCUUCCCCACAUUGGAGUCAUACCAUGUAACAUAUAACAGCAAGGUAAAUGAGGCUGAUAAUCUCAUGGAUGUUGGCCAGGGGCCUGAGUGUACUGCAGUUGGUAGUGACAUCAAGUACAGCAUGUGCCAAUUGGCUUUGAAGGGUCUGCCGAGUCAAGUGUAUGACAUGAAAUGGGAUUUGAUAAUGGUGGAUGCACCCACCGGGUAUCACGACCAAGCACCGGGGAGAAUGAGUGCCAUAUACACAGCCGGAAUGAUUGCCAGAAAUAAAGAGGAAGGGGAGACUACUCAUGUGUUUGUUCAUGAUGUGAAUAGAGUUGUGGAAGACAAGUUCUCUAUGUCAUUCCUUUGUAAAGGUUACAUGCAGAAACAGGAAGGGAGGUUGAGGCACUUCACUAUUCCUAGUCACAUGGAUGGUUCCAGCAGGCCAUUUUGUCCUGAAUGAUCCAUCUAUGUGUUUUUGAAUAUUUCAUCAAUUUGUUUUUGGUACAUG